ACUCACAAUUUCUCUCUCUCUCUCUCGUUCUCACAAGAUCAAGAAUAUCAAGAAACAAGAUCACUUCUCAAUCCUCGAAGAUGACAUUGAGCAGAGUUCAUCAACAAGUUAUUGCAUUUCCUGCUGUCAAUACUGCUCCGGUGGGUUACUUGCCUGAUCCAGCUUCCAUCAACAAGCUUCAAAUCCCAACUUCUUCAAAGGUUUCGAUGCUUCAAAAGAAGAAAACCGAUAGCUUCACAAACGGAGCAAGAGAUCAGGACAAGUUAGGACCCAAGCUAACCGAAACAGUAAAGAGAAAGCUAUCCUUGGGAGCUAAGAUCCUUCAAAUGGGAGGCUUAGAGAAGAUCUAUAAGCGACUCUUCAAGGUCUGCGAUAAAGAGAAACUCUUCAAGGCGUACCAAUGUUACCUAUCGACAACAGAAGGUUCCAUUGCGGGCCUGCUCUUCAUCUCAUCAAAGAAGAUUGCCUUCUGUAGCGAAAGAUCGAUCAAGGUGACUUCUCCUCAAGGAGAUCUCACUAGGGUUCACUACAAAGUCUCAAUCCCCUUGUGCAAGAUCAAUGGAGUGAACCAGAGUCAGAACACGAAGAAACCAUCUCAGAGGUACCUAGAAGUAGUCACAGUCGAUAACUAUGACUUCUGGUUCAUGGGAUUCGUGAGCUACCAGAAAGCUUUCAACUGUCUCGAGAAAGCGCUAAACGAGGAUGAGCAAUAAACGGAGGAGCUACUAAUUAGUGCAUGGUGGAAAAAGAAAUAUAUCAUUUCUAUUUUCACCUGUUUCAAUCAGGGAAUGUUAGGAGAGAACCUAGUAGAGACUGACAAUAUUGUUUGUACAAACUCAAUUCUUAUUUUCAUUGUAUUUUGCUUUUUGGUUUCUAUUGUAGAAACGAGAAAGAAAUUAAUAUACUUAGCCGAUUUCAUCAGUUUUCCUUAAUAAAUAGUUUUCUUUUGCACCAAAUUACAUGUCAAAAGAAGUGUCAUGGUACUACUUAUACGAAAAGUAACAACGAAC